AUGGCUCCUCAGACGCCAGAGAUCUAUCACUUCCCCCCAACCUCACACGUCCCCACUCCAGGUUGCCGGUGCUGAUCUACAGAUCGGUUCUCCCAGAGAAUCCGACCGCCGGAUCGACGCGCUAUGCCUUGGAGAAGAACGUCUGGCUACAGGGCGGCGUUUUCAAAACCCGUCGAGCCCAUCAACUUCCACUCCGUGACCCACGAAUGCUACGCUGUCUUUAAAGGGUCCAGCAGGCUCCUUCUUGGUCGGGGGCCGCUGGAUGACCCAGAAGAGAGUGGCAUUGAGAUCGACCUUAGGAGAGCAGACAUUAUUGUUUUACCUGUAUGAGACGUAAUCUUUCUCAUUCGUCGUUAUUGAUGUUCAUGGAUCCACGGUUGUGUCGUUAGCGAGUUGCCCAUGUAAUGCUAUCCCAUGCACUGCCAGAAUGGCCGUCGCUGUCUGUGCGCUCGCCAAGAGCAAAUGCGGCCAAUUAGAAGGCAAGAAUCCUGUAUUAGUAAGUGACCACGGAAAAUCAAAACUCAAGAUUUUAGAUAGCUG